UUUGGAACUCCCGACCGGCUAACGAAACCAAACGGACACACGUCCCGUGAAAAAGGCUGGGCAAGAGCAAAACAAAAAAUCAAAAGCUCUAUAUGGAUAAUAAAGCGAGCAGAGCUAACCAACGGCCUCUGUCUCGAGCCUCGACUACGUCCCUACAGCGCCACCACGGCCACGCCGAACCUCCAUCCUCUCAAUAAAUCCCUGAAUACUCGAACAAAAAUAGGAAAAACCGACCGUUUUGGUUUGUUUCUCUGCCUUCUCAGAUCAGAAUCUCACUUUAGAAAACUCUGGAAAUCAUGGGCAGGGCCAUAUCCACAGCCAGUCAUUAUGUCAGAAGGUUCGGUUUCGCUUGACAUGGAGGCACGGAGGCUCGCCAUUCUCUCUUCCCAUCUCUGCCCUAUCGGUUCCGGUCAGCCUCGGGGUCGGACUCCUAUCGCACUUUUUUCAGCCCUCUCCUUUUCCUAUUGCGCUUCUGGUUCGGGUGAGACACAGCGGUUCCGUGAUUCUGAGGAGAAGGAUCGGCAAAACGAUUGUGUUUUCUGCAAGAUUGUGCGCGGUGAAUCACCAGCCCUCAAGCUCUAUGAAGAUGAUGCGUGCCUAUGCAUAUUGGAUACAAAUCCUCUGAGUCAUGGGCAUUCUCUUAUCAUCCCAAAAUCUCAUUUCUGUUCCUUAAAAGCCACUCCACCACAUAAAUUCUUCUUGUAUGUCCCCUGGUUAACUUAUGUGCAGGUGAUAGCUGCAAUGUGUUCGAAAGUGCCGUUUAUCAGCAGUGCAAUAAUGAAAGCUACUGGUUGUGAUUCAUUCAACUUGUUGGUUAACAAUGGCGCAGAAGCUGGCCAAGUAAUAUUUCACACUCAUAUUCAUAUCAUUCCUCGUAAAGCAAGAGACUGCUUGUGGCCUUCUGAGAGUUUGCGGAGGCAUCCCCUAAAGUUGGACCAGAAUACUUUUAAACUUGUCAAUUGUGUUCAAGAAGAGCUGUCGCCAGCGGGAAACACCAAAGAUGGCAAUGAUCAAGGAUCUGCUCUUGCUAAGAAUUAGUGUCAUCCUGAUAUGUGGUUGUAAUUUAUGCUAUGAUGGUAUGUGCCCUUUUGCUUAUUUACAGAUCGUGACUUGCAGCAAUAGGCCCUAGUAGUUACUCUGUUUCUGUUUCUUUUUCAGUUUUGUAAAUUUUCUGAUAAAUCGAAAGGGAUGGUGCAUUAAGUUUAACACAUGUACACAGACAAAAUAGACACAGACGCACAGACAGGCAGACAAUAUGAGAUAUUUUGGCUUGAA